AUGAACACCUCAUGGUCCUGGGAUCCAUGUUUGUACACGAACAAAUCAUGGUCCUGGGAUCCAUGUUUGUACAUGAACACCUCAUGGUCCUGGGAUCCAUGUUUGUACAUGAACACCUCAUGGUCCUGGGAUCCAUGUUUGUACAUGAACACCUCAUGGUCCUGGGAUCCAUGUUUGUACACGAACAAAUCAUGGUCCUGGAAUCCAUGUUUGUACAGGAACAAAUCAUGGGUCUGGGAUCCAUGUUUGUACACGAACAAAUCAUGGUCCUGGGAUCCAUGUUUGUACAUGAACAAAUCAUGGUCCUGGGAUCCAUGUUUGUACAUGAACAAAUCAUGGUCCUGGGAUCCAUGUUUGUACACAAACAAAUCAUGGUCCUGGAAUCCAUGUUUGUACACGAACAAAUCAUGGGUCUGGGAUCCAUGUUUGUACAUGAACAAAUCAUGGUCCUGGGAUCCAUGUUUGUACACGAACAAAUCAUGGUCCUGGGAUCCAUGUUUGUACACAAACAAAUCAUGGUCCUGGGAUCCUAGUUUGUACAUGAACACCUCAUGGUCCUGGGAUCCAUGUUUGUACAUGAACACCUCAUGGUCCUGGGAUCCAUGUUUGUACACGAACAAAUCAUGGUCCUGGGAUCCAUGUUUGUACAUGAACACCUCAUGGUCCUGGGAUCCAUGUUUGUACAUGAACAAAUCAUGGUCCUGGGAUCCAUGUUUGUACACGAACAAAUCAUGGUCCUGGGAUCCAUGUUUGUACAUGAACACCUCAUGGUCCUGGGAUCCAUGUUUGUACAUGAACAAAUCAUGGUCCUGGGAUCCAUGUUUGUACACAAACAAAUCAUGGUCCUGGAAUCCAUGUUUGUACACGAACAAAUCAUGGGUCUGGGAUCCAUGUUUGUACAUGAACAAAUCAUGGUCCUGGGAUCCAUGUUUGUACACGAACAAAUCAUGGUCCUGGGAUCCAUGUUUGUACACAAACAAAUCAUGGUCCUGGGAUCCAUGUUUGUACAUGAACACCUCAUGGUCCUGGAACAAUCAACUGUGA